AGUUAUUGUAGCCAUAUAGUUAAAUAAAAUUAAUAAGUUUUGCUAACAAAUAUUGCACAUACGCCCGAGUGCUCGAAUCCCAUACUCAAUAUGCAGUGCAUCGACUGUGCCUUAGAGUCGCGUUAUUAUUUAUGGUCGCAUGCCGUGAAAAACGACAGUUGGCGACAAGUGUUGUUCAAAUGGCAUGCACGGUUGCCACAACAACAACAAUCAUGCAUACAACAAAAGCAGUUGGCGCUCAAUUUGAUGUGAAACGUGCAGGAACCGCACACAUGCACAUAAAAAAGUAGACGCUGAACACAGUUCCACAAAAAGGAAGCUCAAUACAAAUAGCUGUGCUUGGCCUCGCAUUAUUGCUGUUGAAAAGGGAAAGCAGACUGAAAAGCAACAGCAAAAUGGCGGCACAAAUUGUAACAGGCGCACAGUGAUAGCAACAGCAGCAGCAAUAGCAACAGCAACGGUUGUUGGCCAAGCAAGCAGCCGAAGCUGAUUCGGUUUUCGGUUGCCUAACAACUUCGUGUUGGCACACAACAAAAGGAUAAGCCAAGUCAGCCUGGCAGCUAGUCAGCAAGUCAAGCCGGGAACUCAGUUGCAACAGCGCAACGCAUUCGCCAAGACGCACACAGAACGCGACGCGACGCGAAAAGUUACUAAAUAAUCAGCGAGUAUAGAAAUAGAAACACUUGUACAAGUUGUUGUUGGUGGCCAAGUUACCUUGGCCAUCGAUCGCAGCUCUCUAGAGUUCGCGUGCCAGGCUGACGUACAUUACGUGCACGAGGAUAGAACUAAGUAGGCAGGGCCCGAUGUCCUUGGUUUAGUCUAGAGCUUGCAGCGUGUGGCAACGGUAAUACUGCGUGCCUCAAUUAAAGGCCUGUCCAGGUGUGUUGUGUGUGUGUGUGUGCGUGUGUUAGUGUAUUUUUGUUAUGGGCACUAUAAUACGCCUUGGCUAAUUGUUAUGCAAUCGUCUAGCCUUAAGCCAGUAGGGAUAUGUCUUUGAAACGUUAUGCAAUAAUCGGUCAGCAGCAGCACAAUGCAACAGUCAUGUCAACUGCAAGGACAACGACAGCAACAGCAACAGCAGCAUCAACAAUAAGCCCAGCAUCUCUAACCGGCAGCGAGGAAGAGCUGCAACAGUCCCAAGAGCUUGCCAGCAGCUCCUCCAUAACCACCUACUACAAUGGCGGCAUGGGUCUAUAUAAUCAGCAGCGCGGCAUUGGCGGCGGAAUAUCACUGCUCAAUGGCGCCGCCGGCUCCGGCAGCAGCAGCAGUCACGGAGCGACUGGUGGCAGCAGCAGCAGCUCACAGAGCUACGCUCACGUUGUCAAUGGCAGCGUGAAUCUACUGCUUGGCGGGUCUAUGCUGUGCCUGGUGACGACAAUUUUAUGUGUCGUUUGCUAUUGUUGUCAUCGCAAUAUUAAAAAGCGUACUGAGGCCGCCUACAGACAGCAACAUCAAUGGCUGGAGAAUGAUCCGAAUAUGGAAAUUUAUAGUGUCGAACAGUGCUAUGAGACUUCGGGUCUCUUUUUGGGCGAUUCAACGGACGGCGGACUGGCCACCUUGCCGGCCCUGCAUCAUGAGCCGCCGCCCUCCUAUGACGCCGUCGUGCUGCACGAGCAGCAACUGUUGCAACAGCAGCAGCAACAGCUGGAGGAGCAACAGCUGCAGUUGCAGCAACAGCAACUGCUUUUGCAACGCGUCUCGCCGCCGCCUGGAUAUCGCUCCACGCUGGACAUAAGCAACGUGCCGCAAGCAAUGGGGGCCGAUGGAUUGGCUGGGAGCAGCAGCUGUAGCAGCAGUAGCGCCGGAGUUGGUGGACCUUUGCUUAACAAGCAAUUGGAGCGCACUUUAAAUGCCCAAUCCUGUUGCUCGCUGCAGCGUGCCGAGGUGGAGAACAUGUGGAAUGCAGCCGCGGCGGCGCUGGUUGCGCGCAAUGGCCAUUGCCAGGAACUGGACACAUCGCCUUCGGCAUCGCCUUUGCCGUUAUCACUCCAGGCACUCCAGGCACGCAAACAUGCCCAGGCGGCCAUGCGGCUAAACAGUUUCGGGAGACGAUACUUGCAUUACAGUCAACAUCAUCAUCAUCAGCAGCAGCACAGCCACUACAGACGCGGCUGUCCAUUGUGCGGCAAGUUUCGCUAUGCGUCCGAAGACGAGGCCUUGGCGGCAUCGGCAUCUGUGGAGAGUGUCCCGGAACAGUACGAUGCCAAUGAGAAUUUGGCAAAUGCUGAGCAAGCAGCCAUAGAAGCUCUGAAUCAAAUCGAUGAUGAUGCAGCAAAUGGAAAUGUGGUGGACAGCACAACUGAGGCAACAUCGGCAACUGACGAAAAUGACAAUGCAGAAGCGAUGGAAGUGGCAGCAGCAGCAGCAGAAGUGGCAACAGCGACUGUAACUGGCAACCUGGACGCCAAUCUGGAUAUUGACAAUAUCAACGAGAACGGCAUCGUCAGUCUGGACAUGAGCAAAAUCAUUGACAUAUCGGGCCUGCCCACAUACGAGGGCGCCCUCAAGCUUGAAUCCAGUGGCUAUGUGUGAAACACUCAAAUGUUUCUUCGAAUGCAGUUCAAAGUUCAAAAUUUACAAUACGAAAUAUAUGUAUCACAAAUGUGCUUUAUUUUAUAAGACAUUUAAGAAGCAGAGAAAUCAGUCUGCGAGUCUGUGUGUUGAGUAUUCUUAGUAUUAGGUUAUUUUCCUGAUUUCUACCCAACAAUCGUUACCAACGGUUCUUUGGCAAUCUUGAUCUCGACCAUAAAGGUUCCUCUGUAACUGGAACACACA